AUGGAAAACUCAGGCUUGGUCUCCCUCUUCUCUUCCCCAGCUCCAUCUUACACCUUUUCUUUCCUCUCUAACCUGUCCACCCCUUCCUCUUCUCCCUCAGUUUAUCCAUCCCCGAGUGUAGCCUCCACAGCUCUUUUUUGUUUCUUUCUCUCACUCCUUUCCCUUCUGGGGAUUCUGGGAAACCUCUACACUCUGGGGCUUCUCAUUCAGCGGCGCAGGGGCCCCAGAAGGAGACGCAGUAUGGCACCAAGCUGCUGUUUGACUCCUGGUUGCCUUGGAACAUUUUCCCCAUCUCACUCUCCUAAUUCAUCUCCCACCUCGUCCUCCUCGUCUUCUUCUUCACUUCAUCUGCAGGUUCUGAGUCUGGCGUUGGCAGAUCUACUUUACCUUUCCACGGCACCCUUUAUUGUCUAUGACAGCCUGGCAUCUGAUUGGGCCUUUGGUGAACUCGGCUGCCGCCUCCUGCUCAGCCUGGACCUGCUCACCAUGCACGCCAGCAUCUUCACACUGACUGCAAUGAGUCUGGACCGAUACCGUGCCGUGGCCGACCCACUUGCUGCCUCUUCAGCUCCUACUUCAGGCCUGCGACGUGUGGUUCUGGCAUGGGGCCUUGCGGUGGCACUCAGCCUACCCAUGAUGAUCACUCUGCAUCUGGAGGAUGGAGAAAACCAGGAGGGUAAACUGUGUGUUCCAGCAUGGGAUGAGCAAAGCUCUAAAGCUUACCUAAGUGUACUCUUCUGCACCAGUAUCCUAGGACCAGGCCUGGCCAUCGGGGGUCUGUAUGCAGCUUUGGGGCGUCACUACUGGGUUUCACAGACACAGUUGGCCUGGGCCGGUAGCUGUAGCGCUAACCCACCCCGUUCUCCUAGACCCAAAGUCCUGCUUCUCAUCCUGGGAAUUGUGCUUGCAUUCUGGGCCUGUUUCCUCCCAUUCUGGAUCUGGCAGUUGCUACCACUCUAUCGACCAGACGUUCUACGUGUGGUACCAGUAGGCACACAGGUCACCGUUAACCGGAUCCUAACAGGACUAACGUAUGGGAACUCAUGUGUAAAUCCAUUUUUUUACACAUUACUGACAGGAAAGCGGCACCGGCCCAGCAGGCAGACAACAAGUACAGCUGCUCCAUUCUGCCAAAAGGGAAGUGAACACCAGUGA